AUGAAAGCUUUAACCCUGACUCCAAAGACACGCUCUGUCGCCGUCCAGGACAUCCCCACGCCGAAGCCUGGCCCGCGUGAAAUUGUUGUUCACGUCCGCGCUGUGGCCCUCAAUCAUGUCGACGCCCUUUACACUGCCAACCCCGUCGCUGUACAAGACUACCGGGUAGUCGGUAGCGACUUUGCAGGCGAGGUCGUUCGCGUUGGCUCAGAAAUCACUGGACUAGAUGAUCCUCGAACCAAGAUCGGAACACAGGUUGCUGGGUUCGUUCAGGGCGCAUGCUCCGUCAAUGAUCGACCGGGCGCAUUCGCGGAAUACAUCGCCGUGGACUACGAUUUAACAUGGAACAUUCCCGCCAGCAUGUCUUUCGAGGGCGCCGCCACCAUAAGUCUGUGCGGACUUACAGCAGCUCAGGGCGUCUUCAGCCGUCUCCAACUCCCCUGUCCAUUCUUCGAAACAGAAGGCCUCUCAGGCCUUGACCUUGCUGGCAACCAGGUCGUCAACGUAUUUGUAUACGGUGCCACCACGUCUCUUGGACUUUAUGCUGCGCAGUUGGUCAGAUUAUCCCAGGAGGCAUCGGGGGUAAAAUUUCAUCUCAUUGGCGCUGCGAGCACUUCAAAGGCUGCCCUAUUGAAGGAGGAGCCGUACAGCUAUGACAUUCUUGUUGACUAUCGAGAUCCCUCCUGGCCUCAGAAAGUGAGAGAUGCGUCUGGCGGGAAGGGUGUUCAAUUUGCCAUCGACGCGUUCUCCAAAAGUCCGUCUGUGGAGUUGGUUGAGAGUACACUGGCGGAAAAUGGAAAGUUUGCUGUGUUCCGAAGUCCAGUUCUUGGAGGGUUCGAUGUUUCCAAGUUGAAGAUUAAGCCUGUCAUUGGUGCGGUUUGGGAAGGUUUAGGGGUAGAGAUCUUGUAUCAAGGUGCAACCAUUCCGGCCAACUCUGAAGCACGCAAAUUCACAACGGAGUUUUACAACUAUCUCGGCUCCGGAGCAUCCUCAGGCCAUGUCAAAUUGCAGCCAAAUCCUAUUCGCCUAAUGUCAGGGGGUCUGGAAAAAAUCGUGCCUGAGGGCUUUCCUCUGUUGGGUGGUAGUGGACAUGUAAAAGGCCAGCUCCCGGUUAGCGCUGAGAAGAUAGUCUACACUCUGUCUUAA